AUGAACGAUAAUAACAACUAAAUAGAAAAUCUAUAUACAAGGCUCUAACAAAGUAUAAACGACAAUAACGAUGAAAUAAUAUUAAAAUUAUCUGAAUAAAUUCUUUCAAAACAACAAGAUGAAAAAGUAAAAAAAUGUCACUUAAUUGCCUUAUUAAAGACCGAAAAGCUCCAAUAAUUUCAACAAGAAUUCUCUAAUUUGCCUAUUAAUGAUGACUAAUCCUAAUAUUGGUAAGCUUAUAGUUUAUAUAAGCAAGAAAAAUAUGAAGAAUGUAUUAAAUUCUGUCAAUAAUAAUAAUCUUAGAUAUAAUUUUUCCUAUUAUUGGCCUAAUCAUAUAAUAAAUUAGGUUAAUAUCAAACUGCAGUAGAAAUAUAUUAAUAAACAUUAAAAAAGUUCCCAAAAACAUAAGACUAUUAAGAUAUUUUAGUAAAUUUAAUAGCAGCUUCUGUAUCUUCAAAAGUAAAAAUGAAAUAUUUUUUUUUUUUAAAAAAUAAAAAAAAGCAUAAAGACCUUCAAGAAAUAAGUAAAAGCAUAGUCUAAGACUUUAUAAAAAAUAGCAAAAACUAAGAAUAAACUCGAGAAUUUAUAUACAAUUAUGCUUUUUUAUUAGCGAAUUUGCACUAAACAGAGGAUUCUUUACUAUUAUAAAGACGAUUUUAAUAAAUAAUAUAAAAAGAAAAUGAUAAAGAAGAUGAAAUAAUAUCCGUUUUAUAAUCUGAUUAUAAUGAUUUUCUAAAUCAUAAAGUAUAUUAAGGUGAAGAACUUGAAAAAAAGAUAAAAUAAUAUGAAGCUUUUUAAAAAAUAAAUACUUAAGAUAAAAAUUUAAAGGCAGUAUUAAAUAAUAAUAUUGUUUUUUUUAAAUCUUUGAGUAAAAGUGACCAUUUUUCUGAGUCUUUGAGAUUAUUAGAAGACUGUAUUUCUAAUAAAUAUAAAUAGACUAGUGAAUAGAUUUUCCUUUUUAAAUUAAAUAAACUUAUUUUAUAUAUAUAGAAAGGAAAAUAUAAUGAAGGACUUAAUCUUUUAUAAGAAAUUGAAAAAAAAUAUCCACAGAAUUUACUCUUUUAAGAAUUCAGUUUAAAAUAAAGAAUCCAUAUAUUUCUUUUAUUAGCCGAAAUGGCUAAAUAAAUGAACUAAUAGGACAAAAUUAUCACUUUAUUUAAUUCUUUAUUUGAAAACAACCCCUCAGUGUACGAAAAUGAAGUCUUAAUAUGUUUUAUGUUCUCUUAAUUGAUUAAAAAUAAACAGAAUGAACAACAUAAUGAAUAAGUAUUGUAGAAGAUCGGAUAGAAUACUAAAAACCCGCAAAUAUUGAGCUUUUUAGCUGAUUUUUAUGCGAAAAGUAACCCCAUAUUAGCUAUUGAAAUGUUUGAGAAAUUAAUCUCUAAAUUUUCGAAAGAAAGAGUUUUUUAAUAGAAACUGGCUAAACUGUACGCGAACAACGGAAACUUAGAGAAAGCGGAAAAACUAUUAGAAAGCAUAGAAUUUGACUUAAUAAAUGACUAUAAUGAAUUGACAAAAUUAGAAAGCGAAUUAGCUCUUUCUAAAAUCUAAACUAAGAGUGGAUCUACUACUAAUAUAGCGAAAAAAAUUCAAAAAAAGAAAAAAAAAAGAAUCAGAUUUCCAAAAAAUUACGACCCGAAAAAUCCUCCAGUAAAUUAACCAGAUCCAGAAAGAUGGCUUCCGAAAUAUGAAAGAAAAGAUUUUAAAAGAAAAAAAGGAUAAAUGGGAGGAAAAACAUAAGGUUCAGCGGCUGUAGAUAUGCUUGCUACCAAAGCUACUUUUAAUGCUGGAAAUACUACUUCUCAUUAAUAGGUUAGUAGUAAUAAAAAUAAAAAACCUAAUAAAAGAAAGAAAUGA